AUGGCCGAAACAUCGAAAGCAAAAGAUAUGAUCGAUUUAGAAUUGAUUAUUCGAAAUUGGGCUAAACAAAUUUUCGAUGUAACAAAAACACGUGAGGAAGCUAAAAUCAGCAAAAAAUAUUUGGAAUAUAACAUCAACUGGUCUCAUUUAUUGAACGAAUAUUUGGAACCACGGUAUACGGUAUCAGGAAUCGAUACACGUUAUGUUCGCCAAUCAAAAGGCGAACAGGUUUUAUUCAAAUCAACAUUUACAAAUAACACCGAACGAGAACAAGAGUAUACCUUCAAAACAGAGCGUUGUACGCGUAGUACUGCAACAAUUUCGAUCGAGAAAGGAGUAUGUCGUGGUAUGGAAAUGGAAUUGAAAUUAAAAACACCAUGUGAAAUUGUGGAAGCAAAUGCUGGCUUUCAUAAUGAAAUUAGCAUUGUAAACAUUGGUGAGAAUACGGUAGAAGAAGAAUUAACUUGGGGUGUUGAUAGUACCAUUAAGGUACCAGCAUUUUGUGAAACUGUUGCUGAAUUGGUCAUUCUUGAAGAUCAUCAAAUAAGAAAUUUUACAGUAGAUAGUCGUAUUUCGGGUCGGAUUAUAGUAACAGUGACGAAUUUGAAGGAAAAUAAUAGUUUGGUAACAAUUAUUGAAGGAAAAAUAGCAGAUAUUAUCCGCGGUAUCGCUAAUUAUUCAUCGCUUGGCUUCUCCGUUAAAGAUGAUAUUGUAUCGUAUACGACAAAAGGUACUUGUAAAUUCAAAUAUGGCGUCGAACAAAUUGUUAAAUUAAGAGAGCAUCCGAUCAGGUUGCCAUCCUUGUAA